AGUUAAGGCGCGGCAGAGGAACAGGUGUGUGAGGACGGCACCGAGGGACUUUUUAAAGUCUCGUAUUCACCGUUUUUAUCAGUUUUACCUUUUAGAAAGAAAAAUACUGUACUCCUAAAUCUUAUCAAGGACUAUUUUUACGACAGCGAAACAAACUUGGAGUUUUAAAAAGCAGAAGGAGACUCUCAGCAGGUGGACGUCGAUUUUUUUUUUUUUUUUUGUUGGAAGGAGAAGAGAAACUAAAAUGGCCAACUCAGGUCUGCAGAUUUUGGGGUUCGCGCUGGCCCUUCUGGGGGUAAUUGGACUGAUAGUCGGGACCAUGUUGCCCCAGUGGAAGAUGUCUGCCUUCGUGGGGUCCAACAUUAUCACGGCGGUGUCCAUGUAUGAGGGACUGUGGAUGUCGUGCGCGUUCCAGAGCACGGGGCAGAUGCAGUGCAAGGUGUACGACUCCAUCCUGCAGCUUAACAGCGCCCUACAGGCAACGCGUGCCCUCAUGAUUGUGAGCAUCAUUGCUUCUGUGGCUGGUAUGGGUGUAGCCACCAUGGGAAUGAAAUGCACCAACUGUGGAGGAGAUGAUAAAGCACGCAAGGCCCGCAUCGCCUUGACUGGUGGUAUCAUCAUUCUUAUUGGAGCUUUGUGUGCCAUUAUUGCCUGCUCUUGGUAUGCUCACGACAUCAUCACAGCCUUCUACGAUCCCUUCACACCCGUCAAUACAAGAUACGAGUUUGGUGCUGCCAUGUUCAUUGCCUGGGCCGGAGCAUUCCUGACCCUGGUGGGAGGUGCUAUGCUGUCGGCAUCCUGUCCGAAAAGCAAACCUGCACCAAAGUAUCCCAUCUCAAACAGACCCCCAAGCAGCGCCAAAGAAUUCGUUUGAGCAGGACAAGAAUCAAAUGUCGUUUGAAGGAAUAUUGUGAUAUACUCACUAGUUAAACAAAGAAAUGCUGAUGUAUCCACAAAUAUCAUUUUUAAAGUAUGUAUAUAGUCUAUUAUAAAACGCCCCCAAGAUGUUGCUGUAAAAUCUAAACGUUCAAGUUUUUAAAUGCUGUCUGUUUACUCCAGAGCUUACUCAUCCAGCCAUGUUUGGAGUUGUCUGUGCUUUAUGCAUACAAUCCACUACUUGGCACAUUGACAACUGUAAAGCACUAAGUUAAUAUAUAGCAGAUCUAAUUUUUGUACAGCGUUGUGUAGAAGUUGCUCACGACAUGCCACAUGGUACAGUGCAGUAGUUAUUCAUGUACAGAAAAUGGUAAGUUUUCUGACUAUUCGUUUCAUGAAUAAUGGAAGUCAAUCAGUACCACUGCAGUUUUUGAUACUUUAGAUGUAAGCAAAAUGCACACCUGUAACAGAUUGCCAAUGUUCUUGCUGAGUCUUGAAAAAUGAGUUUUUUUUUUUUUUU